AUGCCCCCGAAAAUCACGGCCAAAAACCUGCAGUAUAACACCACCCUCCCCCCGUUCCUCGCCCGUCUCCGAGGCGAGGCAACUUCCUCCUCCGAGUUUGAUGGUGGUGGUCCAGACCCCAUCCUCGCGGCCCGAAGGCGACCAACCAAGAAACGGUCCGGCAGCGCCGAGGCAGAAGACGCCCCUACGAUAGUGGAUGAGCACGGCAACACAGUGCAGGAUGUCACUGUUGGGGUAGACGGCAGCGUAAAGGCGACUGCGUCCGCGCCGGCAGAAGAAGAGAAGGGUGGCCAUGACGAUAACAAAUCAGCUGCGGAGGACCAGGCACAAGCAAAGGCGGCUAGCAUUGGCGCUGCUGGGAAGAAGAGAAGAGUAGGAAAGGUCGUUGGCGCGGAUGCUGACGAGGAGGAGGAUCAGAAGAAGGACGCUGCUCCCAUAACCAACACCAAAGCCGAGGACAAGGAGGGUACAGCAUCAGCGCCAAAAGCCAAGCCCAAGAGGAAGGCGAAGAAGAUUAAGCUUAGUUUCGGUGUCGAUGAGGGCUGA